AUAAAGCGCGCGAAUCGAACAUAUAACCGUUUCAAUGAUUUUCCGUGGUUUUAGACUGACCUACUUCUAUGGCAAAAACUGUGGACGCAUUAAACCAUGGAUAAAGGAAAAAUGUGCCAUAAAUUUAUGUAGAACUACGAGAAGUUUACACACUUUGAAUGCUGCAGCCUCAAAAUAUAAAAACAUUGAGUGUGGAACGACGGGAAAAAAUAAAAUACAGAACCGUUAUCAAAUAGGCGUUUAUGAUUAUGUAUUCGAUUUAGUUAAAAAGGAUGAUAGUGACAUAAUUGAUAUUUAUGAUUUAAUUGAAUUAAUGAAUAAAGCUGGUAUAUCAUUGAAUGAUCCAAGAUUAGCAAAAUUUACAAAAGCAUUGAAUGAAUUACAAGGUAAUAAAAUCAAUCGAAAUGUUCUACAAAGUAAAUCAUUAACGUUGGAUAGAGAAACAUUUCGAAUUGUAGCAAAAGAAAAUCUUCAUAUGUUAUUACGCAUUAUGACAAAUGAUUUUUGUAUACCAGAUUUUGAAUCAUUUGCAAGUGAAAUUCAAACAGUUUUUAAUUUAUGCAAAGAAAAUACAAGUGGUCAAGUAGCCAGUUAUAUACCAGAAUUAAAAGAAAUGAAUCCGAACUAUUGGGGUUUAUCAUUGUGCACUGUAGAUGGACAACGCUUAUCCAUGGGUGACAGCACUAUCCCAUUCACAAUACAAUCUAGUAGUAAACCAAUUACAUAUGCAUUAGCUUUGACCGAUUUAGGUCCACAACAUGUUCAUCAAUAUGUUGGCUAUGAACCAUCAGGAUUACCAUUCAAUCAAAUUUCUUUAAAUCAUAAAAAUAAACCACAUAAUCCCUUAAUAAAUUCCGGAGCAUUAGCUAUUUGUAGUAUACUACAACCAAAUUUAAAUCCUUCAGAACGUUUUAAAUAUGUUGAAAAUAAAUUCAGUCAAAUGGCUGGUGGAUUACCAAUGGGAUUUAAUAAUGCUGUAUUUUUAUCAGAACGUGAAACAGCUGAUCGUAAUUUUGCUAUUGCAUAUUAUAUGCGUGAAAAUAAAUGUUUCCCGCCAACUUUUGAAUUACGUGAAUUAAUGGAUUUUUAUUUUCAAAUAUGUUCAAUUGAAGUCACUUGUGAAUCAGCUGGUAUUAUGGCUGGAACAUUAGCAAAUGGUGGUAUUAAUCCAUUAACAAAUGAAACUGUAGUAAGUGCAGCUGCAGCACGAGAUACUCUAUCUGUUAUGCAUUCAUGUGGAAUGUAUGAUUAUUCAGGACAGUUCGCAUUUAAGGUUGGUUUGCCAUGUAAAUCUGGUGUAUCCGGUAUAAUCAUGGUAGUCGUGCCUAAUUUACUUGGUUUAGCUGUCUGGUCACCGCCGAUUGAUAGACAUGGGAAUUCAGCGAGAGGUAUACAAUUCUGUCAAGAACUUGUUCAUAGAUUUAUCCUUCAUCAUUAUGAAAGUCAUUUACAUUAUGAUAAAAAAAUUGAUCCACGGAAACCACGUGAUUCUUAUCGAACAGAUGCAGUUACUACAUUAUUAUUUGCUGCUAGUAAUAAUGAUUUAUCAACUUUGAGAAGAUGUUUUAUUCAUGGAGUAGAUUUUAAUUCAAUUGAUUAUGAUGGACGUACUGGUUUACAUGUAGCUGCUAGUUGUGGUUCAUUAGAUGCUGUCAAAUUUUUUAUUGAAGUUUGUGGUGUAACACUUAAUUCAAUUGAUCGUUGGGGAAAUACACCAUUAACUAAUGCGAAACAAUUUGGUCAUGAACAAAUUGUUGAAUAUUUAGAAAAUAAAUAUUCAAUUUAUUUAGAUAAAGAAGAUAUUACAGAAUAUGGACAUGAUGUUGCGUAACCAUGGUAACAGUAACAGGGAGAAAAGGAAUUAGUUGAAACUUUGAAUAUCGUAAAAGUAAGAAUAAGACAAAUCAAUAAUUCCAGAAUCAUUCAUCCAUGGAUACCAAAGUGUGUAAUCCAAUAAAUAUCCUCAUUGAAUUCGAUUAUUUCUAUGAGAAUUGUUUAUUUACUUUUUGUUUUCAAAUUUAUUCAUCCAAAUAAUAAUAAGAAGAAUAAAAAAGAACCUAAUUAAACAUUAUUAUUUUCCUUAAAUCUGUUUUUAUUUAUUAUUUUCUGAUUGUUAUACUAUUACUACUGUUACUAUGACUACUAUUGUUCCCGUGACUGAUACGAUUACUACUAUCACUAUUACUACUACUGUUACCAUUAUCACUACCGUCACUAUUAUUACUAUCACUACCACUAUUAUUAUUAUUAUUAUUACUAAUCAUGAUAGCAAUAUCAUGAUUAUAUUUCUUAAAUGAUAUUAGUAUUUAAUUAAAGUGACUAAAAGAUCAUCUAAUAUAAUUUCAAAGUAUUUUAUAUUUGACUUUCGAAAAUAAAUUAAAUGUGUAUUUAUCCUAUUUCUAAUAAGAUUUUAUGCAUUUAUGUAUCAUAAAUUAGAUUUUACUUACAAAAUUAACUUACUUACUUACUUACUUAUUCCUGUUACCCUCUCAAGUGGUGCAUAGACUGCGGAUCAGCAUUUUUCAACCCACUUUGUCUUAGACCUUCCUUCUUUCUAGUUCUAUUCAAUUAUUGUUUAUUCUUUCUUAUAUCUAUCUUAUUCUUCUAAAAAAAUUUAAUGAAAUAAUAAGAAAUGAAUUCAGUUAACAAAUAUGUUACCCUAUUCAAAAUCAGUUGAGUUAUUUAUAUUCUUUAACCUAGGAAUAUUGAACAUCAUAAUAGUUACAUGUUGGAGUCAGUUAGUCAUGUGUAAUGUAGAAAGUGGAGCACUUAUAUCUCGGUUCAAGUUCUUACACCUUAUUAUCAACAUGAAUCUCAAGAGAAAAUAGUGACGAUAUCAGUAUUAGAGAAAAAAAUAUUAGUAAUAG